AUGGCGUCAGGCAACGUGAACAGAGGCCGCACAGCCGAAGCCUCGAAUCUGCUGAGCAUCGCAACCAAGGCCGCCGAAGACGUGCACAGCCAGGCCGGCCGAGUUGCCCCCAACCUCAACCUCGUCCGCAAUUUUGGACAGACGCUGUUGGCCAAUGGCACCGUUGAUGAUCGCAAAUACCUCUACGAAGGCGUCAUCCAGUUGGCGACGUCACUUCCAAAUGACUCUGGUCUUCGCGAUGAUCUGAGCGCCCAAUUCAUCAAGACGCUCUGGAAUGCGCUCGAGCAUCCGCCCAUCUCGUACCUGGGCGAGCCUUUCAAGUACAGGGCGGCAGAUGGGAGCAACAACAACAUCAUGUAUCCGCAGCUCGGUGCUGCCGGCAGCCACUACGCUCGCAGCGUGGUUGGACAGAAUCUGCGAUCUACAAGCCUGCCUGAGCCAGGUCUCAUCUUUGACACUCUCCUGCGUCGAGACGGACUUGCCCGGGAACAUCCCACCAAGGUGUCGUCUCAUCUGUUCUACUUUGCAACCAUCAUCAUCCACGACAUCUUUCGCACCAACGACCAGGACGACACCAAACUCGUCAGCUCGUCGUAUCUGGACCUCGGUCCGCUUUACGGACACUGCCAGGACCAGCAAAACGGAGUGCGCACCUUCAAAGACGGCACGCUGAAAAAAGACGCAUUCGCGGAAUGGCGCCUUCUCGGCCAGCCUCCCGGCGUGUGCGCCCUCAUGAUUGCCUUCAAUCGGUUCCACAACUAUGUUGUCCAGGAGCUGGCCACCAUCAAUGAGAACGGACGCUUCAGCCUGCCUUCGGGACUGGACCCCGAGAGUUCCGAAUACAAUACGGCGUUGCUGAAGCGAGACAACGACCUGUUCCAGACCGGAAGGCUCAUCACUUGCGGCCUGUACGUCAACGUCAUCCUCAACGACUAUCUGCGUACCAUCCUCAACCUGAACGACACGGAUGUUGAGUCCAACUGGAGGCUGGAUCCGCGCGAGGCGUUCAGCAAUGUCUUUGAUUCCGAGGGCACGCCCAAGGGCGUGGGCAACCAGGUCAGCGCCGAGUUCAACUUCAUCUACCGUUGGCAUAGCGCCACCAGUAACCGUGAUGAAGCCUGGCUCAACGACUUCAUGGCGAAGAUCUAUGGAAAGGACAUGGACUUCAGUACUCUGUCAACCAGCGAGUUUUUGACCAAGUUGAGGCAGUGGGUUUACACAUCUGUUCCUAGGGACCCCGGCGAGUGGGCUUUCGGCGACCUGGCGAGAGGCGAGGACGGCAGUUUCUCCACCGCCGACCUGGUUAAGCUGCUCCAGAAAGGCACAGACACUGUCGCGGGUGCCUUCGGCGCCCGUAACGUCCCGCCUGCGCUCAAGGCGAUUGAGAUUCUCGGAAUCGAGCAGGGCCGGCGAUGGGGGCUUGCAUCCCUCAACGAGUUCCGGCAGUUCUUCAAACUGAAGCCUUUCGCCACGUUCAAGGAAAUCAAUACCCAGCCCGGUAUUGCCGAAACCCUUGAGGCGUUGUACGGCCACCCAAACAAUGUGGAACUCUAUCCGGGCCUCAUGGCGGAAGAGGCCAAGAAGCCGUUUUCGCCGGGAUCUGGUCUGUGUCCAGGCUUCACCAUCUCCGAGGCCAUCCUCUCAGAUGCGGUGACUCUUGUGCGUGGAGACAGGUUCUACUCUGUCGAGUACGGACCACAGAGUCUGACCAGCUUCGGCUUUAAAGAGGCUUCCUCGGAUUCCGACGUUGCGGGCGGCGGUGUCAUGUACAAGCUGCUCAUGAGAGCCUUCCCUGGCUUCUACCGCGCCAACAGCACAUACGCACUCUACCCGUUCAACACGCCGGAAAGGAUGCGGGAGCUGUUUACCAAGCACGGCUUCCCGCACAAUAUUGAGUUGAACUACAGCCCACCGAAAUUCAUCGGGCCUCCUGUUCCCGUCGUCACGUGGAAGGGUGUCGUCGAUGUGCUCCACGACCAACAACGCUUCAAGGUUCCAUGGGGAAAGCACACUUCUCAGCUCACCGGACAUGAUUACAUGCUCUCCGGCGACAAGCCCGCCAACUCCAAGCAGCGGAGAGAGGUCGAAGAGGCCAUGAACAGGCCAAGUGAUAGCCUUGCCGAAGUGCGGAGCUUCUACGAGAACAUCACUCGGGACUUGAUCCGCAAGAACAAGCGCAAGCUGGGCAACUUCUAUCAAAUCGACAUCGUCAAGGACAUCGGCAACCUCGCGCACGCCAUCUUCACGGCCAAAUACUUCGACAUCCCGCUCCGCGACGACAGCUCGACCAACGCCAAGGACGGCUACACGGCCAAGGAGCUCUACGACGUGCUCGCCCACCUGUUCCAGUACGUCUUCCUGGACAUCGACACGGCCACGUCAUACAAGAACCGCGUCGUCGCCGCGCGCGAGACGCGGCAACUGGGCGACGCGGUGCGCAAGGCGGUGGAGAGGGCGAGCAAGGCCCCCGGCUUGAUCCAGAUGUUCCUGGACUUCCUGGCCCCGAGCAGCGGACCGGCGCUGCCCGGGUUCGGCAGGGAGCUCGUGUCGCGGCUCCUCGAGAACGGCAAGUCGGUCGAAGACGUCGUCUGGGAGCUGAUCCCGACCCAGGCGGCGGCGGCAGCCACCCAAGCCCAAGCAUGGGCCCAACUCAUCGACGUCUACAUGUCAGACGAAUACAAGCACCACUGGCCCGCCAUCGUCGAGCUCGCCCGGUCCGACGACCCCUCCGCCUUCGAGCAGCUCGAGAAAUACGCCUUGGAAGGCUUCCGCCUCUUCCCCGCCGCCUCGGGCGUCCUCCGCACCGACAGCGGCGCCGCGCCCGACUCCCAGCAGGCGCAGCUCUUCCUCUCCUUCACCGCCGCCUCGCUCGACCCCGCCGUCUUCCCUUCCCCCCACGCCGUCCGCCUCGACCGCCCCGCCGAGUCCUACAUCCACCACGGCUGGGGCCCGCACGCCUGCCUGGGCCGCCCUAUAGUGACGACCGCCGCCGCGGCGAUGCUGCGGGUUUUGGCGCGCGAGACUUCGUGUAGCGGCGGUGCUGGCCUGGCGCGGGCGAAGGGCCAGAGGGGGGAGAUGAGGAGGAAGGAGGGGCAGGGGGGUGCGUUUCCCGUGUUUUUGAGUGAGGAUGGGGCGGGGUGGGGGGUUUUCCCGGUGGGGAAGGUGGUUGUUUGGGGUGGGGAGGGUGAGGGGGGUGAGGGGGGUGCGGUGCAGGUGCAGGCUAAUGGCGGGACGUCGGUGAAUGGGAACGGUGCGCUGCCGGUUGGGAAUGGGCAUGUUGGUGGGAGGAUGGGGUGA